GCCCUGGCUGCAUUAAUGACAUACAAAUGCGCCGUAGUGGAUGUUCCUUUUGGUGGUGCCAUGACAGGUGUGAGGAUCGAUCCAAGGAAAUACUCGGAACAUGAGCUGGAGAAAAUAACAAGGCAUUUUACUGUAGAAAUGGCCAAGAAGGGUUUUAUAGGGCCUGGGAUUGAUGUGCUGGCCCCCGAUGUCAGUACCGGGGAACGGGAGAUGUCCUGGAUAGCUGACACCUACACCCACACACUGGGGUACCAGGACAUCAAUGCCCAGGCGCGUGUGACAGGAAAGCCCAUCAGCCAGGGAGGCAUCCAUGGGCGACACUCUGCCACCGGGAGAGGUGUCCUGCAUGGCAUUGAGAACUACAUCACCAACACAGACUACAUGGACUGCAUCGGCCUGAGCCCCGGCUUCCCCGGCAAGACCUUUGUGCUGCAGGGCUUUGGCAAAGUGGGGCUGCACACCAUGAAGUACCUGCAUGAUUACGGAGCCCACUGCAUCUGUGUUGGGGACGGAGCCAUUUACAAUCCUGGAGGGAUUGACCCCAAGGAGCUAGAAGACUAUCAGCAGGGCCAUGGCACCAUAGUUGGCUUCCCAAAAGCAGAGCCCUAUGAUGGCAGCAUCCUGGAGGUGCCCUGUGACAUCCUCAUCCCUGCCGCUAUUGAGAAGCAGCUCACAAGGGAGAAUGCACCCUGGAUGCAGGCAAAGAUCAUUGCAGAAGCUGCCAAUGGCCCCACUACACCAGCAGCACACGAGAUAUUCCUGCAAAGAAACAUCCUGGUCAUCCCAGACGUGUAUGUGAAUGCAGGUGGUGUGACUGUGUCCUUCUUUGAGUGGCUGAAGAACUUGAACCACGUUAGCUAUGGCCGCCUCAGCUUCAAGUAUGAGCGGGAAUCCAGCUACCACCUCCUGCAGUCAGUUCAGCACAGCCUGGAGCAGUGGUUUGGCAAGGCCAGAGGGGAGAUCCCCAUCAUCCCGUCCCCAGAGUUCCAGGCCCGUGUGACUGGUGCCUCAGAGAAGGACAUCAUGUAUUCGGGACUGGCCUACACCAUGGAGCAGUCAGCCAAGCAAAUUAUGCCCAUGGCUGCAAGGUACAACCUGGGCCUGGACCGGAGAACCGCUGCCUACCUGUGCGCUCUGGAGAAGGUGUUCACCGUGUACAACGAGGCCGGCUUCACCUACUGA